AUGGAAGUAUACAUACAGUAUGUCCAGUUUCAGAAAUUGAACAAAUUAUCUUGGACUCGCUCCAGCUCCAGAGCUCCUGCUCCAGGCCUCCUGCUCCAGAGCUCCUGCUCCAGAGCUCCUGCUCCAGGUCUCCUGCUCCAGAGCUCCUGCUCCAGAUCUCCUGCUCCAGAGCUUCCGCUCCAGCACCCGGCUUCCAGUACCCAGGCAGCAGGACCCGGAUCCCUCCCCCCGGCUCCCCUUCUCUGGAGCUCAGAGAAGAGAGAACUGAUCCUUCCCUUCACUUUACUAUUCCCUUUAGUAUUCUUCCCGAGGUCAAUGGACCAUCUAGGGUCACAGGCGUCCAAAUCAAUUCCCGUUUUUUUCCUGGUUCUUAAGAAAAUAUUCUGGAUGCUUUCGCAAAGCUUAUUCACUAUCUAUAUUAUCUUCUCAUCUGUGAAAAUUGAUCGAAUCUAUCGACGAUUAAUGGUUGAACACAUCGUUAUCUCUACGGUUUUAUCCUUUGUAUUUCCGUUCACUGGGAUCAAUAUCAUUGCCAACUACCGUAUAUUACUGAUUGAUAAGUGGUUGAGCAACUCAAGUCUACCACUCUUAACCGUAUCCACUCUUGUAUUUGGGUACUUGGCAGUAGCUCUACUCUUUAUGUAUUCAUUUUUCAUCAACUUUCUGGCUUCCACAAACUUCAGCGUUUUUAUAAGUUCUUUUAGAGAGAAAAAUCUAUACUUGGUUUUGACGCAACGCCUUCACAUCUUCUGCUCACUUCGCCUUGCGACGAAAAACUCGGAAGGAAACAAAUUAUAA